UCAUGUUGUAGCGGAACGCUUGUACACACGAACAAGAAAAAGAGCGCGGGAAGAGGAGGAUCUUGUUUUUGCUCUGGCGGCAUCGCUCCAUCCAUUGCUUUAGUGCCGAUCCUUCUAAAUAGACGUCUCCCGCCUUGUAACAAUAUGUCAUGCGCGAAGCUUUGCAUCCGUGGUCGACAUUGUAAUAACACUAAUGCGGCAUAUUACACAACUUCUGCUGAUCUUAGUUGUGCCCGUCAAGAUAUAGGCCAUCUCUGCACCGUUUACAACAAUUAGCCGCAAGUGCUGAUUGCUGCUGGUUGGCUCAGUCCAGAAACAGGCCUCACAAAUGCGAUGAGCCUAGCUGAAAGCAUCACUGCCAAAAGGGUACGCCACGUCCCUUCAAAGGUCCUUGGUCAGGUCGAGGUUGGCAUGCAGCACAGCUUGCCUCUGGCUGACAAAUCUGUCGGCUGUUCGUUGAAACCAGGGAGCGAGUCUAGGAGCGUGCAGACUACGGAGGCUGUGGAACAGUUAAGCUCCACUUCAGCAUCAAGGACUUUAAUUUCUGCAUCAACUGCGAAAUGUGACAUCUCAAAGCAAGGAUGCUUCCACCGAUGUCAGCUAUGUGACUAUAAGACUGAUGAACUAUUUCUUCUGGAAGAACAUGCCAGCGUCCAUACUGGCGAGAAACUGUUUCAUUGCCCUUUAUGCCCUCAGAGCUUUCCACAGGAGCAGAGACUUAAAACCCACCUGCUCACCCACACAAUCAAGACGCCAUUUCAGUGCACUUCAUGCUUUCGGAGCUUCUCGGAUAAGGCUCACCUGAAAGACCACUUGCGCAUCCAUACGGAGGAGAAACCGUUUCAUUGCCUUUUAUGCCCUCAGAGCUUCUCACGAAAGUAUGACCUGAAAGUUCACCUGCGCACCCACACAGGCGAGAAGCCAUAUCAGUGCCCUUCAUGCUCUUGGGGCUUCUCAAAAAAAUAUCACCUGAAAGCACACCUGGUGACUCACACAAACGAGAAGCCAUAUCAGUGCCCUUCAUGCUCUCAGAGCUUCUCGCGAAAAACCUCCCUGAAAGACCACCUGUGCAGCCACACAACCGAGAAGCCAUAUCAGUGCCCUUCAUGCUCUCGGAGCUUCUCGCGAAAAACCUCCCUGAAAGACCACCUGCUCACCCACACAGGCGAGAAGCCAUAUGAAUGCCCGUCAUGCUCUCAACGCUUCUCGCGCAAGUCCUGCAUGAAAGCCCAUCUGCACACCCACACAGCAUCAAGACCUUUAAUUUCUGCAUCAACUGCCAAAUGUGACAACUCAAAGCAAGGAUGCUUCCACCGAUGUCAGCUAUGUGACUAUGAGACUGAUGAACUAUUUCUUCUGGAAGAACAUGCCAGCGACCAUACUGGCGAGAAACUGUUUCAUUGCCCUUUAUGCCAUCGGAGGUUUCCACAGAAGCAGAGACUGAAAACCCACCUGCUCACCCACACAAUCAAGACGCCAUUUCAGUGCACUUCAUGCUUUCGGAGCUUCUCGGAUAAGGCUCACCUGAAAGACCACUUGCGCAUCCAUACGGCGGAGAAACCGUUUCAUUGCCUUUUAUGCCCUCAGAGUUUCUCACGAAAGUAUGACCUGAAAGAUCACCUGCGCACCCACACAGGCGAGAAGCCAUAUCAGUGCCCUUCAUGCUCUCGGGGCUUCUCAAAAAAAUGUCACCUGAAAGCACACCUGGUGACUCACACAAACGAGAAGCCAUAUCAGUGCCCUUCAUGCUCUCGGAGCUUCUCGCGAAAAACCUCCCUGAAAGACCACCUGUGCAGCCACACAGGUGAGAAGCCAUAUCAGUGCCCUUCAUGCUCUCGGGGCUUCUCACGAAAGGGCUACCUGAAAAAGCACCUCCCCACUCACUCAGGCGAGAAGCCAUUUGAGUGCCCUUUAUGCUCCCAGGCAUUCUUACGAAAGUAUGACCUGAAAGCGCACCUGGUGACUCACACAACCGAGAAGCCAUUUGACUGCCCUUCAUGCUGUCAGACCUUCUCACGAAAGUAUGACCUGAAAGUUCACCUGCGCACCCACACAGGCGAGAAGCCAUAUCAGUGCCCUUCAUGCUCUCAGAGCUUCUCACACUGCAGCACCUUCAGGAAACACAUGAGGCGAGAAGCCAUUUCAGUGCCCACUCUACCUUCAGAGAUUCUCGUUCAGAAAUGCCCUAAAGAUACACCAUGCAGUGCAUUCAUACAGGUGACCGGCCAUAAAGUUGCACCGUCUCCUCCAGGUCCUCAUCACUUGAACGGACUUCAGAGAGCACAGCACCAUGGUGCUGUAAUGUAGGUCAACAAUCUUGUUGAACUAGAGUCUUAGUUACUUACUCUUAGAUUCUGUGCUGCAAGAUUAGACGGUCACACGUGCAACGAAACGACAAUAGGUCCAUUGAUAAAGCAUGUGCGUGUGAUGACGGUGAAAACAUACGGUCGUAACUUUUUUCUGAGUGGAUUCUAAUUUGGAAAUAUCCUUUAUGCGUUGAGGCGACCACACUACAGAAGCAUACUCUAAAACAGGUCUAAUUAGUGAUUUAUAGGCUGUAAGCUUGCACUCUUUAGUGCCUUGUUUUAAAGUUCGUUUUAGGCACCCUAAUUUUUGCAGCGCUUUAUAGCAGACUAUUGAUAUGAUUAUGCCAACUAAGGGUUGGCAUAACUAAGGUUAGGUUAGUUGUGAAAGUAAGUCCAAAGCAUUUGUACUUGUUAACUUCGUUAAUACUGUACCCUUGAGUGGCGUACGUGAAUUUUAGGGGCUGUUUCUUGUUAGUAAAAGUCAUUGCCACAGUUUUGCUGAAGGUAAUGUUUAUCUGUCAUGUGUUACUCCAGUCUGAAAAUGAUGAAAAUAUGUUGUUAAGCACUUUUUGAUCACGAAGAGUACGAAUGUUGGAAUAGAUCACGCAAUCAUCUGCGUAGAGAUAUUUUCACUUGUGUGUUUCUGGCUACUUCAAUAAUGUCAUUAACAUAUAUGAUGAAUAAGAGCGGCCCGAGAACUGAGCCCUGCAGCACCCGUGACAUUACCUGAGCUAUAGAAGAGGUUUUGCAAUUAAAAGUGACAGAUUGAAGUCGGAGGUGCAGGUAACCGGAUAUCUAGUCAAUUAGUUUAUUACCAGGAAAGAUUGCAGCAAGUUGUAGUAUUCAAUGGCUUACCCUGUGAAAUGCUUUUGAGUAGUCGAAAAAGAUGGCAUCAAGCUGACCGCGGUUAUUUAGUGAUAUGGCUAUGUCAUGCGUAAAUUCUAAUAAUUGUGCUGUAGAAAAUCCUGGUCGAAAACCAUGCUGCUGUGGGGACAGAAAGUUAUUUGCCGAUAAAUACUGAAUGAUGUGCUCGAGAAGUUUGCAACAUGUGGGCAGCUAGUGAUUAGCUGUUUGCUACCAGAAUUGAAGAUGGGAAUGAUGUUAGCUUGUUUCUAAACCUGGGGAACUCAGAGACGUCUCAAGAGAUUUGUUAAAUAUAACUGUCAAGUACCGGGCAUUCCCUUCAGAGUAUCGCUGUAAAUAUUUGUUUGGCCCUCCGUCAGCUCCAAAACUUUUUGUAGUAUCAAUUGUUAGUAAUAAGUUGUGAACACAAGCGUAAGUUAUAACGAGAGCAGGACGCUCUGGUAAAGUGUUGUUGAUGCAAAAAGGGGGACCGACGCCAUCGUCCUGACAAAAAACAGACUGAAAAUAAGCGUUGAAAGUUUUGGAAAUAAUCAGAGGAUCAGAGAAAGGGUGAUCGUUAAUGAUCAAUGAUGAAGUGUCAUGAGCAGCCGGAAGCACCGUUUUCAAAACAUCGAUGAGUUUUCUUUCAAGAAUGUUGAUAACAUGGUGUCGAAAUAAAAGUGUCUGGCUUUGUGCA